CAACGGACAAAACAAGAUUGUCGUCUCCUUUCCUCACCAACAAACAAACAAAAAAAAUAUAUGUAGGUCUCCUUCGUGGAUUGAGAUAAAGAUGGAGAACAAUUGCGGCUUCAUGUCUUGCGAGAAACUGGAUCGGGUUGCGAGCUGGGUGGGCACGAACGUAGCUUCCGCUUUCUUCGCAUCCCUCGAGCGUUGCUCUUGCAUCAACCUCUCCACCACCGACCCUGACGACGACGAUGAUGAUGCCAAGGAUCUCCGUCCCCUGAUGCUUUCCAGGCCCGCUUCCGUCAAAGAUUCAGAUUUCCUCCCCAAUCCAGUCGGAACUACCGCCGCCGCCAACAAUAAUUCUGGUUGAUUUCGAUCAUCUUCUGUGGUUGCCUGGUUGGUUAUGCUUGUUUGUCCUAAAUCUUAUGCAGAAUAUGUAAACAAGAUUGUGUGUUUUUCUUUUUUCUUUUUUUUCUUUGUUUGUAAUAUUCGUAACUGUAUAUUUGAAUUUUGGAAUGCUUUUUACUUUAAUUAGAUGAAUAUAUGUAUAUAAGGGUCGUCCAAUUUCUUGUUUAUUACAAUCUUGUAAGGGAAAAUCUUUACAUCUGCUAUGAAAUUAAGCGCCAGUGAGGUUCUUAUGAGGAAAUUUUAUGCAUUUGUGAGUUUCCUUUGAUAUGCCCUGUUAUUGUAAAUCUACAAUCUUGUUGAGCUGAUGAGCUUAGGAGGAUUUCUUGACCUAGUUAUGCAGAUAUGAAGAGAAGCAAGAAUGAUCUCUGUUUGAUUUCAUACUGGCAUCCAUGGGAGAGAGGCACACUGGAGUAUUUCAUCUUGGCUGAUCUUUGGAGCUUUUAUGAUGAAUUGAGUAUAUUUAUAUAAAGCCGCACUUGGUAAUUGCUUUGAAUCACAAGAUUCGUGCAAUUAGAACCACAAGAUCGGGGACAAAUGGAGUAUUGCAUAAUUGCUAAACACUUUGAACGUCAAGGAAAAUCAUCAUAUGCUUAUCAUGGCUUCCAAUUGUUUUGAACAACGGGGAGAACUUAAUGGCUUAAUCCAGUACUAUGGCACCCUCUCUCUCAUCUAUAGAAGUACUCCUUCAAUAAACCGUUCUAAGGUGGAAUGGUUUGCUUAUUGUGGGUUGGGUUAACUGAUUGCCAACUGAGAAGGACCAAAUUGAUGGUCAAGGAGACAUAGUCUAUAAUGUUGUGGAAUUUAUAACUUCUGACCUGGCCUUGCUGCUUUUGAAUUUGUUUCUUAAGUUCUCCGUCAAACUGGUGUUUUACAGCAAGAGCUCUCUGUCAUCAUGUAUCUAAACAAUGUUGGAAGAUAAUGAUGCUGUAACGGUGGCCAGCAUGACCAGGCCAAGGCCUUUCCCUAACGAAGUUCUUUCUGACCAUGCUAUAUCUGUAGCCAUCAAGUUACAAUGCUACCGAGUAUCAUUAUUUCGUUCUUUGUUCAUUUUAUUUCUUCCUUUUCACUCGGGUGAAUGUUGUAGUGUUGAUGAGCUUUUGUCCCCUCGACUGAAAAUGAAAUUUGUUGGACAUUUUGCUUAUCUUGCUUACUGAAAUUAUGGUUCGACAACUGCUCUUUUAAUAAAUCAUUAUUUUCUUGCUUCACUUCAUAUCUUCACACAGCAUCUUGGUAAAUACUUUAAGCAGUGUCAGGUCGGUCCGGAUUUCCCGGCCCUUACAUGUUAGGUUUGUUUUAGCUUGGUCAAAAAGGUGUCGACUGUUUUUUAAUAUGCUGUAGUUUUGCUGAUGUCCCUUUUCAGGUUGGAGAGAAGGUUCUAUGCUUUUCUUCUGUACAAAAGUUGUCAUAAGAAAGUUACUUUUGAUUGAUGAAUGUGACAGAAAUAGCCAUCUCUGGAGUGUCUUUCUUUUUCUUGGCCAUUCUUCGAUUUCUCUUUGCUUUUCUCAUUUCUGGUGUCUAGUUCAAGCUGAACUAGAGAUCUUGUAUGUGUGUGAUGUUCUAUUAGCUUACAUAUACUAUCCAUACUUGUGAUGACAUUCUCAGGCAUGCAGUGAUAUUAUUUUUCACUACCACACAAUCAUACCUCAGCGUCGUACAUAUAUGGUGGAGAUGUAUUACUUUUUUUUUCUUUUUGUGUUAUUUUUUACUGGUAUAUCCUCUUUAAAUUAAGGUCCAACUUUUCUUUCUUAAUCGUAUUACCUUGUGCCAUUCCGUUUUUUCUAAUGGAUGGUAUAGCAUGUCAAGUAAUGACCAAACGCUCUUAAAUCUUAAUUGCCAUUUCAUUAACUGGCACUAAUUAUAUCUUUGGUAGUUUAGUUACUGUAGCCCUGGCUACUAAUACCAAUCAUAAACUAAGCAGACCAAAAUAAAUUUAGAGACUCCACAAUUGUUUAGAGUCGACAAUUCAUAUCUAGUGAUUAGUUGUGAAGAAAAAGUCACACAUGUUCUAAAAUUUUAAAAGCAAAGAUGUGAUGUGACACACUUCUCACACCCAUUUGAUUAAAAUUGUAAACUCUCUCAAUGAAUUACUAAAUCCCAAAUAAUAAUAAUAAAAAAAUAUAUUUUAAAAACAUGGUAAUCGGUAGUCGAGGAGUGUAAUCACAUGCAAAGAAUGAUGGGAUGAGAAAAAAAAAAAAAAAGGCAUUGUAUCAAGUGUGUGGGGUUUGAAAGGCGUGCACCAACCAAAGCUUAAUUAUGAUUGGUUUAGAAGAGGAUGUCUUUAGAAAGCAAAACAAGUCAACAGUACUUCUCUUCAAAUGUUGCAUGCCAUGUUUGGGUUCCACCAAAAGGCCAAGAAAAGAAAACUGUGAUAUGAUACAUAUUUCCCCUAAAAAUGACAAAUGCUUGAUAGUCUAUAUAUAAAUAUAGGGCAAAACGCAGCUGUUGUCAUACAUGAACAUUGUUCAUUGUUGGGUCCCUAAUAGUUAAUAUGCUGUUCACAGUCAAAAAUAUAUAUGUACACUUUUGUGUGUGAGAAACAAGGAGAGAGUUAAACCCUUCCCCACACUGAUGUCUUUGCAUAAUGACAACCCCAACACCUUAUUAUCACCAGGAAUCAUGAAAGCUGACAAACAUAAAAAAAAUCUACACAAAUCCUCCUGUUUUUUUAUCACUAUCUCUAUUAAAAUCCACACCCCUUCUAUUCCACUUCAAAUCCAUCUCUUAACACAAACAGACAACAAUGGCCAAUCUAGCCACUUCAUUUACGUUAUGGCUAAGCUUACUAUCUUAUUCUUACAUCAAUGCUAUGGCGCAAUGGCCGGCAGGAAGAUCAACCAGAUUCUACGAGUUCAAGGUUCAAACUAUGAGGAUGACUAAACUUUGCAACACCAACGAAAUUGUGGCAGUCAACAACAUGUUUCCCGGGCCUGUGAUAUAUGCUCAAGAGGAUGACAGAGUGACAGUCAAAGUUACAAAUGCGUCACCCUACAAUGCCAGCAUCCACUGGCAUGGUGUACGGCAGAGGCUAUCAUGCUGGUUCGAUGGGCCUUCAUACAUAACCCAAUGUCCAAUCCAACCAGGGCAGAGUUUCACUUACGACUUCACUUUAGCGAAACAGAAGGGCACACUCUUUUGGCAUGCUCAUGUUUCUUGGCUAAGAGGCACCGUCUACGGUGCCAUUGUUAUUUAUCCAAAGACUGGGGUUCCUUACCCCUUCAAACAUCCUUAUCAAGAGGAAAUCAUAAUCCUAGGGGAGUACUGGCUGAAGAACAUGGUACAACUUGAGCAGCAAGUUCUGGCAAGUGGAGGAGAUCCUCCAAUUGCCGAUGCGUUUAUAAUCAAUGGACAUCCAGGCCCCAACUAUAACUGCUCUAACGAUGAUGUAUACAAGAUUGAUGUAGUCCCAGGAAGGACAUACAUGUUAAGACUCAUUAAUGCAGGCUUAAACAUGGAGAACUUCUUCGCAAUUGCCAAUCACAAACUAAAAAUUGUGGAAGCUGAUGGGGAGUACACAAAGCCAUUCAUGACCGAUUGUGUAAUGCUCGGACCGGGACAGACCAUGAACGUCCUUGUCACCGCUGAUCAGCCCAUAGCAAGAUACUCCAUGGCCAUGGGACCUUACAUGUCUGCUCAGCGUGUACGAUUUCAAAACAUCACAGCAAUUGCAUACUUCCAAUACUGUGGGGCCACUCCUAAUAGCCUAUCAUUACCAGCCAGAUUACCUAACUUUAAUGAUAAUCUGGCAGUUAAGACGGUCAUGGACGGACUAAAAAGCCUGAGCACUGUUAAUGUUCCAAAAGAAACCGAUACAAAUCUUUUUGUCACAAUUGGUGUGAAUGUUCAAAAAUGUCAGUCCAUGCAACCACAGCAAAAUUGCCAGGGUAUUAACCAUGGGGUUAUGGCAGCUUCGAUGAACAAUAUUAGUUUUUCCAAGCCUAAUGUUUCAGUUUUAGAAGCCUAUUAUAGAAAGAUCGAUGGCUACUUCACUGAGGACUUCCCUUAUGCGCCGCUAAAAUUCUAUGACUUUGUUAAUGGGGCGCCAAAUAAUAUACCUAAUGACACAAACUCAAUGAUUGGAACUAGGACCAAAGUCCUUGAUUAUGGAACCAGGGUUCAAAUCAUAUUCCAGGAUACUGGGACCAUCACUACUGAGAAUCACCCAAUUCAUCUUCAUGGGUAUAGCUUCUAUGUCAUAGGAUAUGGUUACGGGAACUUUGAUCCACAAACCGCACAGUUUAAUUUAGUUGAUCCACCCUAUAUGAACACAAUCGGAGUUCCUGUGGGUGGAUGGGCCGUAAUUCGAUUUCGUGCAGAUAAUCCAGGGGUAUGGUUCAUGCAUUGUCAUGUAGAGAUACACCAGUCAUGGGGAUUGGGUACAGUGCUGAUAGUAAAGGAUGGGAAGGGAGGACUAGAGACACUACCACACCCUCCGGCAGAUCUGCCUCACUGUUAGAGCCAUUGAGUAUCUUGCCUCAAG